AUGCCCUUUGAUUUGAAAAAUGCUGGGGCGACAUAUCAGAGGUUGGUAAAUCGGAUGUUCAAGCACCAGAUUGGCAAGACCAUGGAGGUUUAUGUCAACGACUUGCUGGUGAAGAGCAAGGAACUUGCGCAGCACUUGGCGAACCUCAUAGAGUCUUUCAUAGUGCUACACAAGUACAAAAUGAAGUUACACCCUGCUAAGUGCGCUUUUAGGGUCAACUCGGGCAAGUUUUUGGGAUUUAUAGUGUUGGAGAGAGGCAUUGAGGCAAACACUAAAAUGAUUAAUGCCAUCUUGAACAUGGUGCCACCACGAAGCAUCAAUGACGCCCAACAAUUGGCAGGAAGGGUAGCCACCUUAAAUAGGUUCGUAUCAAGGUCUACAGACAAGUGCCUCCCCUUCUUUAGAGCCUUGAGGAAGACACAUCUGUGGAAUGAGGAUUGCAACCGAGCCUUCGAGGAAUUGAAACAGUACUUGGCCAAGCCUCCCCUGCUAAAACAGCCUAACUUGGGGGACAUCAUGUAUCCACAAAUGGAAAUGCUGGCAUUCGCACUAGUAAUAGCUGUCAGGAGGUUGCGGCCUUACUUCCAAGCCCAUCCCGUAAAGGUCCUGACAGAACAUCCCCUUGGGAAGAUAUUGCAGAAGCCAGACAGCUUAGGAAGACCAGUCACGUGGUCAAUAGAGCCUAGCGACUUCGACCUUGACUACAUGCCCAUGAGUGCAGUUAAAAGGCAAACAUUGACAGACUUCUUCGUUGAGUUCACCAAUUUCCCAGCAAAUUUUGACGUAGCACCUCCCGCCCAACCCUGGACGGUAUUUGUUGAUGGGUUAGCCUAUAAAAAGGGAGGAAGUAUCGAGAUCUAUAUCAUUGGGGAGACAGGACAUGAACACUACUAUAUGGCCACACUAGCCUUCAAGACUACCAACAACGAACUAGAAUACGAGGCCUUAAUAGCAAGACUCACAAUCACCAAGACUCUUGGGGCAAAUGAGGUCGAAGCAAAAUUCGACUCCCAUAUAGUCAUGAGCCAAGUGACUGGAGCCUAUGCCACAAAAGGGGAAGAAUUAAAAAAAUACAUAAACCAGGUAUUAACAAUCUGCGACCAGUUUACUUAUUUCAAAUUGGAACAAGUCCCAAGGGCAAACAACACGAUGGCCAAUAGGCUGGCCAAGGCUGCCUCUACAUGGGAGGAUGUAAAAUUUCCAUUGGAAGUACAGAAGAAUGUGAUUGAAGUUCCAACAAUUGGAACCAUGUGA